AUGGAGUCCAGUCUAGAAGAAUUGACCGCCGAAAACCUGACCCCCCAUGUCGUCAAGGUAUCAACGGAGAAUGUCAAAGACGAGAGGCUUAUUGAGUUGGUUACCGGCUUGAUCCAGCACUUGCAUGAUUACGUUAAAGAAGUUAAGCUGAAGCCAACGGAAUGGGAGGCGGCUGUCCAAUAUCUUACUCAAGUUGGCCAAGACUCAUCGCCUGAUAGGCAGGAGAUGAUUCUGCUGUCUGAUGUUCUUGGAGUGUCUGCACUGGUUGACACCAUUAAUUCUGCACAGGCAAAGGCCAGCUCGGCAACAGAGUCAUCUGUCCUCGGACCCUUCCAUUCUGAAGACACACAUAACCUUGUUAAUGGGCAAUCCAUUGGCUCCCCCGGUGUUAUAGGAGAGCUUAUGCUUAUACACGGCACAGUGAGAUCCGUCAGCGGUGCCCCAAUUGAGGGUGUCGCCGUGGAUGUUUGGGAGACGAACGGGAACGGGCUCUACGAUAUGCAAGACCCCAAUCGCGACGGACCCAACUGCAGGGGCAUAUUCCAGACUGAUAGCCAAGGUCGGUAUUAUCUAGUAGGCGUGAAGAGCGUCAACUACGACAUCCCUACCGAUGGGUCUGUCGGGGUUUUGCUUAACAAGUUGAAGCGGAAUAUUACGCGUCCCGCACAUGUGCAUUUUCAGUUGAAACAUCCCAAGUAUCUCAAUCUUACGACAGCGUUAUAUGCUAGCGACAGCGAACACAUCGCUUCAGAUCCAGUUUUUGGUGUAAAGAAAUCCCUCGUCAAGAGCUUUGAGUGGAGUGACAACCCAGCUUCACUUAUCAAUGAGUUACACUUGCAGACAGCUCUCCAACAAAUGAAAUAUGAGGAGGGUAAGGGGCUUUGGGUUUUACACCAUGAGUUUGUCUUGUUAGAGAAAUAG